AUGCUUUACUCCACUCCCGCGUUGGCGUUGCGACUUGCAAGCUCAUCAUUGGGCCGAAUCGCGACAUUGCCUGCGGUGGGAUUACGCUUUGGGCCACUGUGCAUGGCCAGCCCCAAUCCUACCGACUCUGCACCCAGGUCAUCUGCGGCACCAAGGGGUCGCCUGGAUGAGGGAGAUCUUGGCUUGCGGGAGGUUGCCGUGACUGCUGCGAUGGCUGCAUUCAGUCCAAAGGCUGAGAGAAUAUGGGGUAAUCUCCGAGAGAUUCCUCUGGCACCGAUUUUCGUCAUGUAUCUAUAUACUCUCAUCCUCCUCUUCCUGGCAUCCGCCAACGUCAAUGCCUACGCAAACCCCGGUGCCUGCUCCGGCAACUGCUGGACCCAUGAUCCCGGUCUGUACCAGCGUAAAUCCGACGGGAAAUACUUUCGCUUUGCAACGGGUGGCGGCAUCCAUAUAGCCUCGGCGGACAGUCUGGAGGGCCCGUGGACGGACGACGGCUAUGUCCUACCCAGCGGCUCUAUCAUCGACCUAGACGGCAAGACCAACCUCUGGGCCCCCGACCUGCACUACCACGAUGGGACAUACUACCUCUACUACGCGGUUUCCUCGCUCGGCUCGCAAAACUCGGCCACUGGAGUUGCAACCUCCAAGACCAUGGAAGCGGGCAGCUGGACCGACCACGGCACGACCGGCAUCGAGUCCACGCCCUCCAGCCCGUACAACACCAUCGACGCCAACUGGAUCGCCGUCGGCGGCACCCAGUACGUGAAUUUCGGCUCCUACUGGAAUAACCUGUUCCAGGUGGAGAUGGAGAACGGUCUCAAAGUGAAGAGCGGCGCCACGCCGCACCAGAUCGCCUAUAAUGCCAGCGGAAUCCAUCGCCAGGAGGCGGCCUUCAUGUUCGAGCGCAACAAUUACUUCUACCUGACUUUCUCCGGGGGCAUUGCGCUGGGUUACAACGAUACGUGGCCGGCUCCGGGCGAGGAGUACUUCAUCGCGGUUUGUCGGUCGACUUCGGCAACGGGAGGAUUCGUGGACAAGAACGGUGUUUCGUGCCUGAACAGCGGAGGAAGCCUUCUGCUCUCCAGCCAUGAUUUUGUCUACGGUCCCGGCGGACAGGGCAUCCUCCAGGACUCAAGCAAGGGGUUUGUCUUGUACUACCACUAUGCGGACACGCGCAUCGGCAAGGCCGUCGAGGACUAUCAGUUUGGAUGGAACCAGUUGAAGUGGGAGAACGACUGGCCUAGUGUUUGA